AUUACGGUAAGACGUGUUUCCCUUUGAAAACUGACCUCGGGUGAUUGAGUUUUUCCAGCCUGUUAAGCUAAGAAGCAGCUACAUAAUCACCGCGUUUAUUCAGGGGUGUCAUGGCUUUACGAAUCUGCGGCUUCUUCCGUCAGGGAAUCUACACUACGUCGGCUGUGUUGAGUGGAGCAGUCGGGGCUCGCCUGAAGAGCUCGUGCCCGGUUCAGAUCAGCCAUCUGGAUCAUCUCGUGCUGACGGUUCGGGAUGUGAAGAGAAGCACACACUUCUACUCCUCAGUCUUGGGAAUGGGUGUAGUAACUUUUAAGGGAAACCGUAAGGCUCUGAGCUUUGGAGAGCAGAAAUUCAACUUACACGAGGUUGGGAAAGAGUUUGAGCCAAAAGCCAAUAAUCCUAUGCCAGGCUCAGCAGAUCUUUGUCUCAUCACAAAGACCCCGCUGGAAACAGUUGCUGCCCAUCUGAAGGAAUGUGGGGUGACGAUUGAGGAAGGGCCAGUUGAGAGGACAGGAGCGGUAGGCCCCAUCAAGUCCCUGUACUUCCGAGAUCCUGACCACAACCUGAUUGAAGUUUCCAACUACAGUAACUUGAACAAGACUUGAACAAGAGCAGUCUAAUUGUGGAGGAAACUGCCAUUUGGCUGUUACACUCUUAACAGUAAGAACAGGACCAAAAUCAUCAAAUCAUACGAAACUGUAAAACUUGUGAAAAUGUACAUCUCUGGUAGAUGUGAUAUUAAUCACCCUAUGGCAAAUGCAAUAAAAUAAAAGCUGUGUUUGAGAACA